AUGUCGGCCGAAGUCACCGCAAGCAACUGGAGAUCCGUGGAGGUCGGACGUGUGGCCUUCUUCUCCAAGGGCCCAUUCCAGGGCCGCGUUGCUGCCAUCGUCCAGAUCAUCGACCACAAGCGCGUUCUUGUUGAGGGCCCAUCCGACAAACCAGAACUCGCCGUGCCACGACAGGCUGCUCCUCUCUCCGCUCUCUCCCUCACCGGCAUCGUCAUCGAGAACCUCCCACGCGCGGUUGGAUCUGGUGCUCUGAAGAAGAAGUGGGCAGCUGCUGAGGUGGACAGCAAGUGGACGCAGAGCUCGUACGCAAAGAAGCUCGAGAAGGCAUCGCGGAGAAAGAACCUCAGCGACUUUGAGCGCUUCAAGGUCAUGCGCCUGAGGAAGCUGGCUCGUUUCGAGACCCGCAAGGCCAUUGCCAAGGCCAAGGCAAGCGCAUAG